CUGCACUAUCGGUGGAGCUUCUGCAUUGUCUAUUUGAGGAGUGCUGUCGGAAUGCGAGUUCAUGGUCGAAAGCUCCUCGCAGCCAGACGGACUUUGGCAAACUAAGCGCUGCUGACGUGGAGGGCAUUGGGUGAGUCAUCCUGGACUGGGGAUUCGAGGACUUUUUGACAUCUUUCAUCUUUGCCCUUCCCAUUAGCAAGCUACAAAACAAACAUGACGUUGCCUUACUUUGAAUUUGUCUCGGUGCCAGGCUUUCAUUCGCAAAAACUCGCUGGGUCGACGUUGCUCAUGCCAGGCCCGAAUGGACUGGGGAAUAUCGGCCAGCUGGCUUUGGACCUUUUGAUUUCUUCCCUUGAUUUGAUGAGAGUUGGCUUCAUAUCUUCGACAUUGGUUUUGCCUGUAUGUGGAAACGAGGACUAUGGAAACGAAACGGCGCCGAACACGUUGCACACAAGUUUUGAAGUAUAUCAGUCGCGACCAAGUAAUACAACGUCUAUCACUCUCAUCCAACUACGAUCGCCUGUGAUUACUAAAAAGGGGGUGCUCUUUUCAAAAUCCUUCGCGCACUGGGCUCAACAGAUGGCUUUUGAGUCGGUAGUACUAGUAACAGCAGCAGACGCUGGUCGGCGCGUGGAUGGGCAAAUUCGCAGCGACCGAUUACGGUUCAUCUCCACCUCCGACAAAUACGUUCACGCGGACCGUCUACAGCAGCUAGGAUUCCCGAGAUUAGAAGAGAAUGAAACAAAACGUGCAUGGGUAGCUAGCGAGCUGGCAAGUCCCAUACCGCCAGGAGCUGGUGUAUCACGAUUCAUUUUUGAUGAGUUUCGGGAACUCAGUGUUCCGUUGUUGACUCUGAUUUGGUUUGCAAUUGAAGGAGACAAUUAUCAAGACGCCCUCCAGCUUGCGUCGGCGGUCAGAUCCUUGGUAAAUCAUGGGGAAGAUAAUUCAGAGCAGAAUACAUGGAAAACUCCAUUGUCGUGGAAGGGAUUAUAUGGCAAUGCAAUGUUCACGAAAGCCCUUUUCCAAUAGAAUGGAGCUAGACUAGCGGCUCGUCAGCCGAGCGAUGAUGUCUGUAACCAUUCAGUUGGCAUGACGCUCUUCAUUAAUGGACCCCGCAAAGAUAACUUAUGUAAAGCGUCCACGUGGAGGCAGAUUGGUUGCGAUACGGCUCCUAUCGUCGCAACGGCUCAUAUUCAGCCAACAGCCCAGCUUGAUUGUGCUGACUCUGGCAUUUCUGCUCCUUUGUACAUCAGGUGCGUGCACGAGCGCGCUGCCUGCGCUGCCUGGUUCCAAAUAGUAUGAUGUGCUUGUCAAUUUACAUGCCACUUUACCGGAGAUUAUGUACAAAUCAAAGCAGAUCUCCC